AUGUCGAGUGAUAAGAAGGUCAGCGAUGACAGGAAAUCACGAAUUGACGAGGAUAGAUAUUUGCCGUUAAAUAGUUCAUUACAUGAACACAAGGAUUUGUUGAUUGAGAAGAUGAAUAGAAGUAAUUUUGGACGUGAUUAUGAGGGACAUGGUGAAUUCUCACGCGAGGGUAGGAGCGUGGUUGAUAGGGGUAUGAUAAUGCAUGACAGUGAGGUUGAUGACAAUAAUGACACCGACUAUGAUAAUUUCAAAAAGAAGAUAUUGAGUAAUGGAUCGUUAAAUAGCAAUUACAUAUCGGUUGAUGAUGAUGAUUGGAUAGAUGAUCUGGGGAGUUAUUCUGAGACCCGUGAGGGCUUGUCGAAUGAUGAAGCAAAUGAAAGUUUUAUUGAAGAUGGAGAUGAUGAUGACUACGAUUAUGAUUAUGAUUACGAUGACGAUGAAGAUUAUGAGAUUUUAACAAACAGUAAUGGCAUACUUGACAACCACCGUGAUAGCAAGGGGGGCUCAAAGGGCCUCUUUAGGACAUGGGCUCUAGUGACAAUCGUCUUCGUGGUGUUCUCGACGUUGUUGAGUAAGGUUGUGUUACCAACAAGUAUCAGCUCUGCAAGCAAUAUUCCGAGUGGGAAUGUUCAACGGCAGAUUAAUCACCUUUACAAUAUGGUCAACACACAGAACGAUAAAAUCCAAACUGAUCUAGAUAAGACGAUAAAAAUCGUGAUCACUCAAUUUGAAAAAAAAAUCAAAAGUAUAUUACCAAAAAAUAUAUUAGAUUUCCAAUCUCAAUUGGAGUUGUUAAAUACAAAAGUCAAUAAGAUGAAUGAGAAUCAACGAACCGAGAAGAUUAUUAAUAAUCAAAUGAAUACAGAAUUCUCAAUGAAAAACUUAACAAUAAUUCAAGAUCUAUUAACUAAUCAAUUAAAUAACACUUUACCAGAUAAAAUUCCAGUGAUAAUAAAUAAUAGUACGUCGAUGCUAAUGAUACCUGAAAUUCACAACUAUUUAAAAGAUAUCAUAUCCGGUAUUAUCACAACACUAGAGAGUAACAGUACUAACAUCCUCCAAGGUAACAUGACAACCAAUCUUGGAAUGCAGCAGGAGGGAUUUUUGCCGGAUUUGAACGGAUAUAUUAAGGAGAUCUUGAAGGAUGAGUUACAAUACAUCGACAAGGAUUAUUUUGUUCAAGAAUUGAAUAGAAAAUUGCAAUUGAACAAACAUGAAAUAUUUGAAGAAUUCACGGAAAAAUUAAGUGACCUAAAAAUAAGUUCAAAUUCACAUUAUCACUAUAACGAUAUGACAUCAGAUAAAUAUUCAGAUAUCCUGCUAAGAAAAAUGAUAAAUAGAAUAUACAAUGCAAAUCAGCAUCAAUGGGAAGAUGAUUUGGAUUUUGCUACAUUUGCUCAAGGUACAAGAUUAUUAAACCAUUUAACCUCCAAAACAUGGAAAAAGGGUACACAAAACACUCCAUUAGAAUUAUUAUCGAACACGAUUAAUAAUUCAGUAUACUGGCAAUGUGAUUCCACCAAAGAUUGCAGAUGGGCAAUCAGAUUUUCUGAACCUAUCUAUCUAUUUAGAUUAUCAUAUUUGCAUGGAAGAUUAAAAAACAAUGUACACAUGAUGAAUUCUGCUCCUAAGAAAAUAUCAAUAUAUGUUAAGCUAGCAAAUGGUAAUGAUUUAAUUAAAACGUUUAAAAAAGUAGCUAAAACAUACAAACAAGGACAAUCGCUAAACGAAGAUAGCUCAUAUAUAAAAAUCGGACAGUAUGAUUAUGAUUUAACUGAUCCAAAGGUAAAACAGGAUUUUCUAUUGCCAUCUUGGUAUAUUAAACUAAGACCAUUGGUUCAUUCCAUGGUCUUCGAGAUUAAUGAGAAUUACGGUAACAAAGACUUUACGUCCUUGAAGAAGUUUCUCAUUAAAGCAGUGACGAAACAAGAUUUGGAGAUAACGACAAACAACGAGUUCCCAUAUAAACUUGGUAACGUCCCGGAGUACAACGCAGACAACUAUGUCAUAGCUUCUUCCGAUACUGGCAGUAGUCACCAUCUAAUGAACCAACAACUACGAAAUGUUCAAGACGACCGUAACGACGGUUUCAAGAACUUAGCUGAUAAUGAAAACUCAAAGAUUCCAUCCUUUGGUCAAGACGAACUAGAUAUUUAA